UUUGUAAGUAAAGCUAAUUUCUCUUUCGAGAGAGUCUGUCUAAUCAUGUGUACUUUAUGCAGUUAAUUCUCUGUCUUCUGCCUGUCACAAUUAAAGAUGUAUAUAUUAUUUCAUCUUCAAAUGUUUUGAAUCAAAGGCGAUUUUGAUUCUUAUUGUAUCUUAUAGAUUUGGCUUUACUGCUUUGCUUAGGGUGUAAAAAUAGCAGGGGUUUGUUUUAAAAUUUCAUUUAUGAUUAACUCAUAAUGGCGUCUCAUGAGCCAAUCUACCCUACGAAUAUUUCCCAAGGUAUUGUUAAGUGUUUAAAUACAUUUUGGACACGGCAUGAGGAUGAAGACUUUGAAGUCAACAUUGAAGGUGAAACCAUUAGAUGUCAUAGUUUUAUGCUUGCCUCUUGUUCGGAGUUUUUCGGAGGUUUGUUUAGAUCUAAUAUGAAAGAGAAACUAGAAAUGAAAGUCGACUUACAGAAUAUUCCCAUGAAGACUUUUCAGCUGAUUCUCCAAACUCUAUACACCGGAUGUGAGUUGUUGACUAAAGACAAUGUCUUGGAAGUUUGGUCUGCAGUUCAUCAACUUCAAAUUCAUUUCUUAGUUCAACAUUGUGAGGACUUUGUUUUAAACAAUAUUUCACUGGACACUUUUGAGGCUUACAAAAGAUAUGCAAGUUUUCUUCAGUCAGAAAAGAUCUCUGAAGGAGUUUUCAACUACAAGCUUGAGAACUUUAUGACUUUGAGAAAGACCGAAAUAUUUUUACGAUUAGAUUAUGAGGAACUUCUAGAACUUAUAGAAAGUGACGGUCUGAUUGUUGCGUCUGAAGAUUUAGUUCUUCAAUCUGUCUUUGAAUGGAUCAACUUUGGAAAAGCUUGUAUUUCAGCAGUCAAGAACGAUAAUGCAACUACAUUAACAUCUUCGACAGAAGUUAUCACCCAUUCUUCUAAAAUGGCCUAUUCUAGCCAAGGCAUAGAAAUUAAUAAUGUUUCGUCCGAAAAUGUUAAUGAAGUUAAAGAAGUUGCAGACAAAAGUAAUUCCAACGAUAUCUCUCAGGACUCAUUAACCAAGACUACCCAAACCCCACCUGUAGACCAAAAGGAGGGAGCCCCAUCAGCUCCAAGUCAAUGUAACGACAACAAGAGAGAUAUGUAUCUACUUCCGCUUUUAAAAUCUACCAGAUAUUUCCUGCUCUCUGAAGCUUGUAUUGCGAAUGUCUGUCGAACAGAACUGAUUCAAAAUAGCAUACAGGACAUAAGAUUUUUCUUUGAAACCUUGGCAUAUAAGACCUGCAUCAAUGUUUAUAACUUUCUGCCGACCGCUGCUGUUCACCGUGAAUGUAGUCCGCUUGAAAGUAUGUGUGUCGUCUGCUGUAACAAGGAAAUUCUUGCAUAUUCCUACGUUAAGAAGAAAGUUUAUUUUAUUCCGAAGCGUACAAAGUGGAGUACUUGUAGACUACUAGCACUCAAUAAUCAAUUGUAUGCCUGCGUUAAAAAAAAGAGUUCCAGUGAAAUGUUUGUUUUACAAAGUGCAAAUUGGGUCAGUGUUUUGAAAUUAGAAGAACAAGUACGUUUCUGUUUGACUCAUGACUCUUCUAUAAUUAUCAUCACAUUGUCAAACUCUUUGAUCUAUAGAUAUAAACCUAUUUUUUCGAUUACUAAGAUUGAUAUUCCAAUUGGAGCCAUGGAUUUCGCAAUCAGUUUUUACCAGAACAUUCUUGUCUUUGCAACCUCAGAUCUUAAAACCAAAGUUCGUUGCUGGGACACAACCAACAACACUUUAUCGCAUUUAACGGAGCUUGACGUCGAGGCUAACAAUAUGACAAGUUUCACUGAUGAUAGAUCUACCUACAUUUUAGAUUCGCAUGGAAACCUCUAUCAAGUGAACCAUUUACAGACUAUUCAGUUCACCUUUAUAGAUAGACUGUGGAGUUUCAAAGCUCACGCGCUAAAGGGAGCAGUACUUUUUCGCAAUGUUCUUCAUCUGUGCGGUGAGUUCCCCGAGGAGACGCCACUGACAAACAAUGGUCAGGCCAUCUUCACACUAUUUUUUCUUCAUGCGCCUAGAAAUUCAGGGACCCUCUCAAAUUUUAUUUCUAUUGCAAUGCCGAAGGCAGAUCUAUUAGCAGUAUGACUCCUUUGUCGGAAGGGUCUGAUAGGAUCUAACAGGAAUCUUUCGUUUAAAAAUGGUCACAAAACAAAUGUUUAACUCAGCCUAGUAGCUCAGUAGUUCGAAUGCCAGGAUUUCGUGCAGAUAGAAUUGUAUCACUAUUUCAUAUUUUAUUUUAGUACUACAUGAAUUUAAUAUGCAGGUGCUAUAGAGAGUGGAUCCUAUAUUACUUUUGUAGGCGUACUAGUUAUAUUUUUUUUAUUUACGUUUUAAUUAUAGGUUUGUAAAAAUAAAUAUUUAAACGUGAAGAUUAUUUUUAGAUAUAUUGUUUUAUUGAGGUAUGGUAGGGUUAACAAUCUUUUCACUAUACUUCCGUAAAUAUUUUAUUUUAGAGAAUAUUAUACUGACAUUUCUUCGCAUAUAUUUUUAUUAUUUAUUUAACGUAAUUGUAUAUAUUUAUUGGUAUAUGUAUUUUUUCUCCAUUUUAUAGUAUAUAUAUACAUAUAAAUAUUUUGUAUAAAUUCUGUAUAAAAUAGUUGGCAAUAGUGUUAACAAAGAGGCAAAAAUAUGUUGUUUUUUUUAUUUUGCUUAUUACAAAGCGUAUUCAAACUCAUUCCGUCUGUCUGUCUGUCUGUCAGUCUACUGCAAAAUUUUAAACUCGCUAUUUCUCCCUCUUUCCAUCCUCAGAUCAGGCUGUAACUUUGCACAAUCAAUAGUUAUUCCUCACAAAACAUGAAUUUAAAAAAAAAGCCAAUUAGUUAUUAAAAUAUUGAUAAUUAGUUAAUUUAGUUUUGUAUCG